GGCUUUGGAGCAGCUGGCCAGCCUCGUUGUCGCUCUCCAUCAUCCUAUGCUCGUAACAGGCACCGUCGCCAAGCGGGAGUGCACGGGAACGGGAUAGAGGUUCAUACCAACGGAUUGAUCUGAAUAUUUUCAAUAUAUUGGACGGAACUGAUUUAGGGUCAACGGCAUGGUCGAGCGAACAGCAUUUCUGUUGUUAUGGGUGGCGACCUUGACGCUGACAUCGGAGGUGCCAUCUGAUGACUCAGUGGCUCUGCUAGCGGAGCCCCAGAUAGCCAUGUUCUGUGGGAAGCUCAACAUGCACGUCAACGUCCAGAGUGGCAAGUGGGAGCCAGACCCCUCCGGCACCAAGAGCUGCAUCGGAACCAAGAAGGGCAUCCUGCAGUACUGCCAGGAGGUGUACCCUGAGCUCCAGAGCACAAACGUGGUGGAGGCCAAUCAGCCAGUCAGCAUCCAGAACUGGUGCAAGAAGGGACGCAAGCUGUGUCGCAGUCACACACACAUCGUGGUGCCCUACCGCUGCCUGGUUGGGGAGUUUGUGAGUGAUGCGUUGCUGGUUCCUGAUAAGUGCAAGUUCCUGCACCAGGAGAGAAUGGACAUGUGUGAGAGGCACCUGCACUGGCACACCGUGGCUAAAGAGUCCUGUGGAGACCGCACCAUGAAUCUCCAUGACUACGGCAUGCUGUUGCCAUGUGGCAUCGACCGUUUCCGAGGGGUGGAGUUUGUGUGUUGCCCGGCAGACAUGCAUCGCGAGUCAGAGAGCGUCGAGCUGACUGAGUCUGACGUGUGGUGGGGCGGAGCCGAGACUGAAUACACCGAUAACGGCAUGCUCCACCAGGCGGAUCAGGGGGCUGCCACCACUGAGGAUGAUGAGGAUGCCUUCGAUAGGGACGAGGACGGUGACGGUGAUGAGGAUGAAGAUGAUGUGACUGACAAACGGGACAGUGGUGAACGCACCUCCAGCAUCGCCAUGACAACUACCACCACGACCACCACCGAGUCGGUUGAGGAAGUUGUCAGAGUGCCCACCAUGGCCCCUGCCCCCCCUGACGCAGUCGACCAUUACUUGGAGUCUACUGGAGACGACAACGAACACGCCAACUUCCAGAAGGCCAAGGAGAGUCUGGAGGCCAAGCACCGCGAGAGGAUGUCCCAGGUGAUGAGAGAGUGGGAGGAGGCAGAGGGGCAGGCCAAGAGUCUCCCUCACGCAGACAAGAAGGCUGUCAUUCAGCACUUCCAGGAGAAGGUGGAGGCCCUGGAGCAGGAGGCAGCAGGAGAGAGACAGCAGCUGGUUGAGACCCACAUUGCCCGGGUGGAGGCCCUGCUCAACAGCUGCCGUCGCAUGGCCCUGGAUAACUACCUUAGCGCCCUGCAGGCCAACCCACCCAGGCCUCGUCAGGUGCUGGGCCUUUUGAAGAAGUAUGUCCGUGCAGAGCAGAAGGACAGACAACACACCCUGAAACACUACGAACACGUCCGCAUGGUGGACCCCAAGAAGGCUGCUCAGAUCCGACCCCAGGUGAUGACCCACCUGCGUGUGAUUGACGAGAGGAUGAACCAAUCCCUGGGGCUGCUCUUUAAAGUGCCCAGCAUGGCCAACAAAAUCCAAGACCAAGUUUCAAUCCUGAUGCAGAGGGUUCAGUCAGAGCUGUCUCAGCAACUCUCAUCUCUGCAGAGUGAUGAGAGGACUGAUGUCAGGGUGAGCUAUGGGAACGAUGCCCUGAUGCCUGACCAGGCCUACAGCUCUGCCCCUCUGGACCCUGGCAUGGGCCUGGACAGACUCGGCUUCAUCCACCCAGAGAGUUUCAACCAACCCAACACCGACAACCAUGCAGUUGAGCCUGUUGACGCUCGUCCACUUCCAGAUAGAGGUCUGCCCACUCGGCCUGUCUCUGCUCUGAGGCCUGAGGAGUUCCAUGAGGUGCGGAUGGAGAAAGGAGAGAGGCAAAGCGCCAGCUAUGGAGUGCAUCAUCAAAAAUUGGUAUUCUUUGCUGAGGAUGUUGGCUCCAACAAAGGUGCCAUCAUUGGGCUGAUGGUGGGCGGGGUUGUCAUAGCGACAGUCAUCGUCAUCACUCUGAUCAUGCUGAGGAAGAAACAGUACACCUCCAUCCAUCACGGAGUCAUCGAGGUGGAUGCUGCAGUGACCCCAGAGGAGCGACACCUGUCCAAGAUGCAGCAGAAUGGUUAUGAGAACCCCACCUACAAGUUCUUCGAACAGAUGCAGAACUAAGGAGCUACCCUUUGAUCCCUCACUGACCCUGAACCCUCCUUAACCCCUCACACCUAAGCCCCGUUGCAUUUUGGUCCCUAAACCCUUCUCCUCGCUCCUACUCUUAAUUUCAAUGUAUCUUAAAGGACUGGAUUGGUGAAACCAGUAUGACUGAAGCUCCACGUAAAUCUAUUGGGUUAGAAAGAGCCGUGGUCAUAUUACUUAUACACCCAGGGGUGGUGAAGGCCAAGGGGCUAGGAGGCAAAAUGGAACCAAGUCACACACUCACCAUCUCUUCCUCGUAGAGUGCAGCACAUCAACAUCCACAGCUGCCAUUAGUCAGACAAGGGUAUCCUUCUUCACCUACACAUUUUUAGCCAAUCACAGGUGAGAUCCCGUAGCGUUUGUACAGAGUAGAGAAACACAUUGAUUUAUCUGUCCAUGUAUCUGUGGGUUGGCCCUCCCCCACAGUACAGCACUCACAUCUCUAAGAGGGCUAAACAAAGGCCUCAUAUACACCUGUAAUCUUCCUCCCUCUGAAGUACUCUCCUCUCCCCCUCCUCCUCCCUCCAUCUCUCCCACUGCCCCUCUCAGAUGACGGCUGUGCUGUUUUUGGUGAUGAUAUAACAGCUCUUAGUGCUAGUGAAGGGAGGAUGGGCUCAGUCUACCCUGAGCUCCUCUCUGCAGGAUUAUAUCCCAAGAGUUUCAGGUUUGUUUUUCAGGUAAAACAUAUAUACAAAAUAUAUAUAUAUAUAUGUCCUCAGAAAUAUGUAAAUGAAGAAAUAUUGAAUGUUUUUAUUUUGUGCAAAAUGUAUUGAAAAAAGGCAGAAAAAAGCUGUAACUAUAUGUAGUGCAUGGUGAUAUUGAUGACGGAUAUACAGUGCCUUGCGAAAGUAUUCGGCCCCCUUGAACUUUGCAACCUUUUGCCACAUUUCAGGCUUCA